CUUGUUUCACCCGGACGGAAGUGGUGCUGCUCACGACAACACAAACUUCUAUGGCGAGCGAAACACUGAAUGUGGGAGCGCGCUGGAGGCUUCUUUGAGUCCACUGCGUCAUUGUGAGUGAGUACGAGCAGCGAGCCAUGCCUACCGUGGUCCUGAUGGACGUGUCCCUGUCCAUGACACGGCCAGUGUCGCAGGAUGGCAGCGAGGAGUUUCAGAGGAAGAACCUGGCUGUCCACGGACUCAACAUGCUGUUUGAGCACAUGGCCUCAAACUACCGCUUGGAGUUCACGUCUCUGAUGGCCUUUUCCUCCCUCUGGGAGCUGCUGGUGCCUUUCACCAGAGACUACAACGCGUUACAGGAGGCUCUGAGCAGCCUAGAAGACUAUGACAAGACCUGUGUUGAAGCAGCUCUUCAAGGAGUCAGCAACGUCGUUCAACAGGAGUGGGGCAGUGCAUGUCCCUGUCAGCUGAUGCUGGUAACUGAUGGAUCUCUCGGGAUCGGAAAGGGUUCUCUACGUCACUCCCUCCAAACAAUGAAGCAGCGUGCGGAUGAUAAGAAAUUCCCACUCCCCUUUCCUUUCCCUACCAAACUAUACAUCAUGUGUGUGGCCAAUGCAGAGGAGUUACAGAUGACUGAUGCCAUGGACAACUUGGAGGAACUACUUCGCCUAAGCGGAGGGGACGGGCAGAUCUUCACUAUGGAGGGACCACUUUGCAUGAAGAGUGUACAGGCCAUGUUUGGGAGGCUGAUUGAUUACGCAUACUCUCCUUUCCACGCGGUCCUGCACUGUGGGAACCUGUCCUCAGAUGUUCAGGUGUUUCCUCGACCCGAGCCUAUCGUGGUGGACGACGAGGUGGAGCCCAUGCCACGAACAGUCAGUACAGAUUUGGAAAUUGUGGGCUUCAUCGAAAUCGCUGAUAUUUCCAGUCCUCCUGUUAUAUCCAGACACUUGGUUCUGCCUAUUGCUGUAAACAAAGAGGUGGACGAAGUCGGCACAGGAGCCACAGAGGAGCCUGAGGAGGAACCUUCUGCCAGUCAGAUGGCAGGAAAAAGUCCAAAUUUUUGCGUGCUUUUACACGGCAGUCUGAAAGUUGAAGGCAUGGUGGCGCUGGUCCAGCUGGGACCUGAGUGGUAUGGCAUGCUGUACUCUCAAGCAGACAGUAAGAAGAAAUCAAAUCUGAUGAUGUCUCUGUUCGAGCCCGGUCCAGAGCCUUUGCCUUGGCUGGGCAAAAUCUCAUAUUUGGGACCAAUCUCAGAGGCUGCUGAAAAUCCCUAUGGAGAGGACGAGAGUAAAAGUCCUUUUCCUGUGCAGCCAGCGGCCAAACGAAGCUAUGCCCAGAAUGUUACAGUGUGGAUAAAGGCCAGCGGACUACAGACUGAUGUGCAGAAGAUUCUGAGGAAUGCAAGAAAACUACCAGAUAAAACUCAAACCUUCUACAAGGAGCUGAAUCGUCUGCGGAAGGCCGCCUUGGCAUUCGGUUUCUGGGAGCUCCUGAAGGGAGUGGCUGAUCUGCUGGAGAGAGAGUGCACCUUGUUGCCAGACUCGGCUCAUCCCGAUGCUGCAUUCCAGCUCUCCCAUGCCGCGCAGCAGCUCAAACUGGCGAGCACUGGUGAUUCCCAGUAUGCUGCUUUUGAUCACAACAUUGCCCCCAUGCACACUGACUUCUCAGGCUAAACCACGUGUGAAUUAGUAAAGAAAUGGACUAAAAUCACAGCAGCUCCAGCCUGUGUGCACCAACAUGGAGACCACACCUGAUGGAGGCUGGAUGUCUGUGGAAAUGAGUCAAGAUGGAUAACUUUAUCUGUGGUGCUGCCUGAACAUAGCAAAGUGUAGAUGAUGACGCAUUUGUAAACAUGUCUUUGUAAAUAUUUUUUUACAUGUUAGUUUCUAGGAUCUUUUUUUCCACAAAAUGACGAGAUAUACAUUUAAUUUUUAUUCAGUGUCACAUUUAUAGUAAACCUUGCUGAAAGUGACUGUUAAUGUUUGCCAUCAAAAUGUAAGUGACUGUCAAAAGUAUUAAAACAGAAUUAGGUACAGAUAAAA